CGUGAUUUUCCAUUUCCAGAAACAUUUCUCCACUUUCCCAAGUUUUCCAUGCCACUUGCUUACUUCUCCCUCUCUCCCCACUUCACUACAAAACUCACUUAUUUGCCUCUUCCUCUUCAAUCCUAUUAAUCCCUCCCAAAUGCUGUUCCCUUAACCUUCCCUUACCAAGAGAAAGGAAAAUGGACAAGCCCGAUGGCCUCGACGCGGUCCGCUUCACCGUCUACCUCCUCCAGGGCCGGUGGUUCACGGUCUUCGCGUCCUUCCUGGUAAUGUUCGGUGCCGGGGCUACCUACCUGUUCGGAAUCUAUUCCAAGCAGAUCAAGGCAACCCUGGGCUACGACCAGACAACCUUAAACCUCAUAGGAUUCUUCAAGGACCUUGGCGCAAACGUCGGUGUCCUAUCGGGCCUCAUCGCCGAAGUCAUCCCUACGUGGGCGGUGCUCCUCAUCGGGUCCGCCAUGAACUUUGCGGGCUACUUCAUGAUCUGGAUGGCUGUCACGGGUAAAAUCCCGAAGCCCCGGGUCUGGCACAUGUGCGCGUACAUCUGCAUCGGGGCGAACUCCCAGAACUUCGCCAAUACCGGGGCGCUCGUCACCUGCGUUAAGAACUUCCCGGAAGGCCGGGGCGUGUUGCUGGGCCUGCUGAAGGGCUUCGUGGGCCUCAGCGGGGCGGUGAUGACCCAGAUGUACCUCGCCAUCUACGGGAACGACUCGAAGUCACUUAUCUUAUUGAUCGCGUGGCUUCCUGCAGCGAUCUCGGUCGUGUUCGUGUAUACGGUCCGGACCCUGGAGCCUGGCCGGAGGCCUAACGAGAGGAGGGUCUUUUACAGAUUCUUGUACGUGUCGAUCGUGCUCGCGCUUUUUCUGAUGGUCGUAACGAUUCUGCAGAAGCAAUUCGUUUUUCCCAAAUGGGCCUAUGCUACGACCGCCACUAUGGUCUGUGCAUUACUCUUUGUCCCUCUAAUGAUCAUCAUAAGGGAAGAAUUGAUCCUUUGGAGCUCACGUAAACAGCCUAACAGUAAUAUAAUUGCUGCUGAUUCUAAUCCCGCUAUCAAAGUAAUUUCCCGGAAUCCCGAAUCGGUCGGUACAGACUCUGCUUUGAUCCCGACAACGACACCAAACCUGGAGCAGAGCACGCCGUGGUAUGCUGACAUAUUUAAACCACCUGCUCGGGGCGAAGACUACAAGAUUCUGCAGGCGCUUCUCAGCAUUGACAUGCUGGUUCUGUUUAUUGCGACAUUUUGCGGGUUGGGCUCGAGCUUGACUGCAGUAGACAAUCUGGGUCAGAUCGGGGAGUCCCUCGGGUACCCAGCGAGGAUUACGAGCACCUUUCUGUCACUAGUGAGCAUAUGGAAUUACUUCGGCCGGGUUUUUUCGGGCUUCGUCUCCGAAGGCCUACUCGAGAGGUACAAGGUCCCGCGGCCUCUUAUGAUGACGUUUGUACUUCUGCUUUCGUGCAUCGGGCACAUCCUCAUUGCGUUCCACACCCCCGGGUCCCUCUACGUGGCAUCCAUCAUAAUCGGAUUCUCAUUCGGGGCCCAACUCCCCCUGCUGUUCGCGAUAAUCUCGGAGCUAUUCGGGCUAAAGUACUACUCGACACUGUUCAACUGCGGCCAGCUGGCGAGCCCGCUCGGGUCAUACAUCCUGAACGUGAAGGUGACGGGGAAACUAUACGACAGUGAGGCGGUGAAGGACCUGAGGAGGAAGGGGCUGGAGCGGUCCGACGUGAAGGAGCUGACGUGCAUUGGGGCGCAUUGCUACCGGCUAAGCUUCAUCGUGCUGACUCUCGUGACGCUGUUCGGGGCGAUCGUGUCGCUGGUUUUGGUCGCCCGGACCCGGGAGUUCUACAAAGGUGACAUUUACAAGAAGUUCAGGGACGAGGUUGAAAUGCCCCAGAAAAUGGAUAAUAAGGAUAAAGACGUGUCAACAGUAAAGGGGCAGGCGUGAAGUAGGUUAUUAGAUUUAUGGAAUAAUUAAAUUUUAAAAAAUAGGGUAAAUUUCUUUGUACAACAGGAAAAAAAGGUCAAUUAUUUGGAUGAUUAAUAUGGUAUAUGGGUGUUUUAUUCAGACAAAACAUUGGGAAUUGGGAUGGGUUGUUGUGUACUUGCAACAAGGUGGGAUGGCGAAUGAGAAAAUAUCCUCUUUUUCAGGAGUGAUUUGCUGA